CCAAGCCUAACCAUUCAUUUUGCCCACAAUUGCGGGCCAAGGUCAGGGCACGCUUAGGCUUGCUCUUAGCGAUCAUUCACCUUCCAUUAGGGAUACAACUGCACUUAGGGGAAUAGCAAUUAGCAAACAGGCUGCCGGAGGACAACAUCACAUCACUUGAUUGUCGAAAAGCUAGAUAAAGACAGCGGAAGGCCAUCUCGACUUUCUUCGUCACAUAGAUCUCAACUUCAGUGACCAAUCAACUGCACUGCAUUUCUUAUAUCAAAGCCGCGCCCAAAGUCCCACACAACCACAUAACAACAAGAUGGCACCAUCUGCGGUUGAUGGCGAUGGCUCCAACGGUGUCACACAACUCAACGGUCACAGUACUGGCACACAAUUGAAAGCUACUGCUCCAGCAUUCCAUCCAUCCGGCACACCAGAUCGGUCAAGGUACCACGCCUCAACGUCGGAAGAAGCCAUCCAUGCCGAGCACGAAUAUGCUGCACACAACUACCACCCCUUACCUGUCGUCUUCGCCAGAGCGCUGGGCACGACGGUAUGGGAUCCCGAGGGUCGACAAUACCUCGACUUCCUCUCCGCAUACUCAGCCGUGAAUCAGGGCCAUUGCCACCCAGAAUUGGUGAAAGCCCUAGUGGAACAGGCGUCGACGCUCACACUCAGCUCGAGGGCAUUUUACAACGAUGUCUUCCCCCGGUUCGCCGAGUUCGUCACAAAGUAUUUCAAAUUCGACAUGGUUCUGCCCAUGAACACUGGUGCCGAAGCCGUCGAGACCGCCAUCAAGAUCGCCAGAAAAUGGGGUUACAAAUCUAAAGGCAUCCCCCAAGGGGAUGCCCUCGUUCUCAGUGUGGCUGAGAACUUCCACGGUCGAACUUUUUCAGCAAUCUCCAUGUCGACAGAUCCCGAGUCACGCGACAAUUAUGGCCCGUUCCUUCCCGGCGUUGGCAGCGUCAACCCAGCCACCGGCAAGACCAUUCCGUACAACGAUGUCUCUGCCGUCCGUGAAGCCUUUGAAUCCCACGGCGACAAAAUUGCAGGCUUCCUCGUGGAGCCAAUCCAGGGUGAAGCUGGCAUCGUCGUGCCCAGCGAUGACUACCUGACCGAGAUCCGUGCUCUAUGCGACAAGCAUAACGUGCUGUUGAUCUGUGAUGAGAUCCAGACCGGCAUUGCCCGCACCGGCAAGCUGCUCUGCCACGAAUGGGCCGGCAUCAAGCCUGAUAUGGUUCUGCUCGGCAAAGCCAUAUCAGGAGGCAUGUACCCUGUCUCGUGUGUGCUCGGUCGCAAGGAUGUCAUGCUCACCAUUGAACCCGGCACGCAUGGCUCGACUUACGGUGGUAACCCACUCGGCUGCGCUGUGGCCAUCCGCGCGCUCGAGGUCGUCCGUGAGGAAAAGAUGGUCGAGCGUGCCGAAAAGCUCGGGCAGAUUUUCCGUGACGGACUGAGGGAUCUGAAUUCGCCGCUCAUCACAACCAUUCGUGGCAAGGGGUUGUUGAAUGCCAUUGUCAUUGACGAGUCUAAGACGGAUGGGCAUAGUGCUUGGGACCUGUGUAUGCUGAUGAAGGAGAAGGGAUUGUUGGCCAAACCAACGCAUCAAAACAUCAUCCGUUUGGCGCCGCCGUUGGUCAUCACGGAGGAGGAGAUCAAGCGGGCUCUGACCAUCAUUGGCGAAGCUGUCGUCGAGUUGCCGCAUCUCAAGGGUCAGAAGGAGAAGGAAAUCAUUCCUGAGGGAGAGAAAAAUGUGAAGAUCACUGUGGACAACUAGAAGUCACGGGCCACACCCGAAGGAUCUUUCGCCACUGAAAUUGACAACCACCUCACGAAAAGGUCUGAACUGUAUCAAUGUUUGGCUGAGUGGCGGUAUCGUGUUCCAACCGCAAAUUACUGUUAGCGUCGACACAUGGAGGGUUGUUCUGAGGAAGAAUACAGCGGGUCAUGGAAACACCGUCGAAUUACUUCACUAAGGUAUCCUUCGGGAGCACGGGAAUAUUGCUAAUCAUACGUAUUAGUAGUAGCGGUCAUUAUCGAGCACAGUGUCUCCUCGCAAACAUGAAAUGAAGAGCAUGGUUUUAAAAAACAAAUCAA